GCGACAUUUUCGUUAUAUCCAUUUCAAGCGUUUCAAAUGUGCGUAUUUACUGCAUUUCUACUGCAUUAUGCAAUAUCAGCUGCUCCAGAUCAUUCAAAAUACAAUAAACAAUAAAAUGUUGACAAACAGCCGGUGAGCGUAAACUACAAUCUCUAGUCUUAAAAUCAAAAUUCUUUUAGCUUAACUAAGGGAAACGUUUAAAAUGGACGCAAUGACAUACUUGAUAACCGUUGGCAUUUUUUACUGUGUAUUGUGGUUCUUUGAUUCAUUUUUUAAGAGCUGCAUGCACUAUCCGUACGUGCAAUUUCUAAAAAGUACAGGACUGACAGUGAAAUUUCUCCGAUUGGAAUGGCACACGACGGCAUUUAAUCGGACUUUGAUAAAAUGGUCCAACAAAUGUCCACGAUUGUUUGCAAUGUCCUUCGACUUGGGUGUUUGGUUUUCGAUUAUAGCACUGCCCGUUGUGUUCGUAGUGCUUGUUCAUCAACUGAUAUCCACCCGUCAGCCAGAGCCUAAAGAGGCGGAAAUGGUGUUUGAAAUUUUGCUACCCGGCAUUAAUCUGCCGAUCAACGAACUGGGAUUUUACAUUACGUCAUUGGCAGCCAGUAGUGUCUUUCAUGAAUUAGGUCAUGGCAUUGCUUCUGUGCUGGAGGAUGUUCCUGUAACUGGUUUCGGAUUUUUUAUCUUUGCCAUAAUCCCCGUUGCUUACACGGAAAUAGCACAAGACCAAUUGAAUUCACUGAAGACUUUCAGGAAAUUACGAGUAUUUUGCGCUGGUAUCUGGCACAACAUCAUAUUAUCCUUGACGUUCUAUAUCAUCUUCCUGGUCAUACCGACGAUAUUCGCACCUCUGUAUCAUGUUAACAUCGGCGUGUCCGUAGUCAACAUCAAAACCGAUUCAAAGUUGCUGGGAGAGAGGGGACUUCAUGUGAACGAUGUGGUCACGCAUAUCAACAGUUGUUCGGUAAAAAAUGCGGAUUCCUGGUACGGCUGCUUGUUUGAAUCACUUCAUCAGCAGCCGGCGUACUGCAUUUCAAAUGAUUUUGUGCUCAACCAUGACGAAUCGACACCUGUGUUCCAUUCCAACGAUGGACUCACCGAAUGUUGCGAUGCGACCAAUAAGAAAAAUUUAUGCUUCGAGUACAUCUCCGAAUCGAACGUCGGGGUAUUGGAGUUACCCCAGUUUAUGUGCUUGAAUGUGCGAAAUGUUAUAGAGAAUUCGCUUGACUACUGCCACAAGACCAUUAAUUGUCGCGACAAUUUUUGCAUUAAGCCGAUCCUUAACAAUGCAACGACCGUUGUCCAUGUAAAGCGAUUGACUGGGAAAGAUAUCAUAUACGUGGGACAUCCGGCCGAUUUAUCCAAAACGAUCGAGGUCUCCGAUUUCGUUGCAAAGACAAAAAUGUUUUCGACAGCAUUCGUCGACACCAUUGUCCUGUUCCUCCGAUAUGUGGUAGUCUUUUCGUCCGGUGUGGCUAUUGUCAACAUAAUGCCGUGUUUUGCGUUCGAUGGACAAUAUAUUGUGUCAGCAGUCACACAUCAUGUACUGCGUUCCGUUGUACCCAACCGACAACGACGUGAUCUGAUAGCGUUUGUGAUCAAUUUUAUUGGAAGUGUCAUUUUGGUGGCGACUGCGAUGAAGCUCAUUGUGAUGGUGGGAUGGAAAACGAUUUUUUAAGACCUUUUAUUGGUUGAAUAAAACGACAUUUUGUAAAUGACA